UUAUACCAAAUAUUUUGACAUUACGAAAUCUUGCUAAGAACCUUGAACGUGAAAAAGAGGAACGAAGGAAAGAGCUUAACAUAAUGAACCCAUCAGACCAUAAAAUUCUAAUGCAAGAAUUUUUGCAAGUUGCACAUUUAUCUCCAAGCACAAAGCAUGAUGAAUCAGCAAGAAGACUACUUGAAAUGGAGAAAGUAAUUAAAUAUAAGGUUGAAGAAAUAAGUAGAAAGAUCUAUGUCAAAGUUGAAUCUGAAACUACCCCAGGGUUUCACCUUCGUGCCGCAGCCCUUUAUAUUAAUAAACUUCGUAAACAAGAGCCAAAUAAACAUUUACCUAAAAUGAUUUUUCUGACUUAUCAAGAAGCUCAAAAUAUUUAUCAUAGUCAAUAUGAUGAUAAGUCGGAAGUACUAGUAGGUUCUGAGAACGAAGAUGAUAUUAGUAAUAAGAGCGAUGAGGACACAGAUAAUGAAAGCAAUGACCAUAACAUUAAUGACAAUAGUCGAAUAACUACCUCAUCUAAGGAAAUUUUUAAUCACAUAGAACAUAUUCUUGGAAUCAACUCUUCUUUAGUAAUGUCGCCAUCUAAUGUGCCUGUACUGAAUGAACCAAGAUCUAACAAAAUCAACAUUGAUACCUUAAAUAUAACUGCUAUCUACAAACAAGAGUUUAAAGAAUUCUUAGAAUCUAUUUUGAGAAAUCUCCAAACUUUGCAGGAAAAUUCAUUGUUCUUACAAAACCUAAUUAAAUCCAAGAACCCGUCAAUAAAAGAACAAUAUAAUGAAAGUGAUCAAUAUACACUACUGACUCACCUUCUUAGCCUUGUUACUUCGAACUCAUUCAAAGAAAUGCAGAAUUUAGUGAACAUAAUUUAUAAAGAUAUGAAUCCUCAUAGACACACAACUUCCAAUGCUAAUAUUCUUCCAUUAGAACAAGAAACCAAACAAAAAUGGAAGGUAUCCUACAAAAGCUAA